CCUUCCUAAGGUUAGGCAUUGCCACACAAUAGAUUAGAAGGUAUUUAAAUGAGCCCUCGCUUCAUGUUGUUCUAUUGUGUGGUGAUGUCUGGCCUCAGGGAGGAGUGCGGCAUAUUGGCAGGUUUGUCUUUGGCAUUUAGCUCAGAGUCAUGUCACAUAAUGCUGGCCUAUGCCUCUAACAAGAGCAGACUAGAUACACUGUAUUCGUUGGUUGAAGAUGCGUGCAGUUACAGAACCACUAUUAAUUCUUACAAUGAAUGAUUCUGCUCUGACUGACCUAAGUGGUGAGAAUGCAACGUUAGCGACCUGUGCGGUGAGAUUUGACAUGUCACCAGGUCGUGCCGAACCUAUCGUCGUCAUAGUGACAAGUGCCUUCAUUCUAGCGGGAAAUGCGAUCAUUCUGGUAACCCUUGGCACGACCAAGUCCGUCAGCAACCCUCACAGUUACCUGUUGUCUGCCCUAGCGGUCGGGGGCUUCGUGAUGGGCUGCAUUGCGGCUCUAGCUAUCUACCCAGCGUUGGCACACUGCUGGCCCUACGGAGAUACCGUCUGCCAACUGUCGGCCUACACCCUGAACGCCUGCUCCACUUUCAAUCUUUUAAUCUUAGUUCUACUCAGCUUAGAGCGAUACGCCGCUACGGUUUACCCUAUCUGGUACAGAAUCUUCGUCACUAAGGUCAAGAUGGGGUCUGCCAUCACCUGCUGUGGCAGUUUAUCGGUGUUGCUCUUGGUCGUAAUGUUCAUUCUCCAGAGCGACUACGAAUACAGCUUCCAAGCGUACAUCUGCAAGACGACUUUGAGCAGCUUUGAAACCUAUCGAUGGAUUUUGUCUUGUGUGCUGUUAAUACCGAGUUUCGUCAUAAUCACCUAUACCUCCGCUGUUAUGCUGCUGACUGCACUGCGACGCUCCCGUCAGCGCCAACGCUUGUUCGGCACUUCUCCAACUGCAGCGGAUACGCAGCCGCGCUCAAACACCCGUCAAACGUCGACAUUUUCCCAACAGAACUCACGUCUCCUGAAAGUCUCCGUCCUGAUCUUACUCACCUUCUACGUGUCGUGGGUACCGUCUACUGUCAGGACGAUACUGGAACAAAUUAAUGUCGACGACUCUGACGUUUCCACCAACGCUCCAAAAUUUGAAUUUAUAGCCAGUUGGCUGUUCAUCUCCAACACAGUCUUCAAUAUCUUAAUUUAUUUCUUCAUGAUUAAACUUUUCCGGGCUCGAGUGAAGGAACUAUGUGCUAAACUGUGUUGUUGUGCAUGCAAGGCAUUCAGGAGAUCAAGAUCAAAAGACGACGGAUUAACCACCUACCCAAGACCUCAAGCCAUCCCAAUUUCUGUCAUAUAAAACAAGUCAAUCCACGAACUCAUUUCCUAUGCUGAUGUAUUGGACAGGGCAAUCCCUUGUUGGGGAGAAUGGAUAGGCAAAAUAACCGACCACGGCUAGUAUGGGAACUUUAUUGAUUUUUCUGGUGGGGAACCAAAAACUGCAGCUUAAACAAAAAGAGACAGAUUUUCUUUCCUGUCACCACGUUGACAGGCAGUGGAAUGGAUCCCCUUUAGAUCAGAAUCUUGUCAUUAUCUGAAACAAACUCGUGGUUCAAAUUCUUAAUAGGACAGAGUAGUUUGCGAUCAUUACUUCUGUGUUUAAUUCUGUAAAACCUGUAAUUUUCCCUAGAAUACAUAGUCGGAGACAAUGUUACAAUUUUUUAAGUGCAAAAUUUGACAAAAUAGUACUUUUAUAAUAAGAAAAAAUUCUUUAUUUGUUCAUAUUGUAAAAGUACAGUUGGCAAUAAAAACAAUAAACCCUCGUUACAACAUUAAUUAAAAUUAUCUAUUAUUGAAGACGACCAGAUAAGGAGAAACGAAAAUUUAAGUACAUUAUUCGACAAAUACAUAUUGGCCACACACAAAAAUGAAAUCAUCAUGGCGGUUGUUUCUGAUAUAAAGAUAUGGAUUGGAACUCAUAAAUUAUUAUUAAUGAAAUAAGACUUUUUAGCAACGGAAUUUUAGAUCCUGAAUAAACCAAACAUUUUAUGACGGGACCCAACUUCAUACUGGAUACCACAAAUAACAAUGCUCUCGGCUUACAGCAUACAUAGGUUUCCAAAAUGGUUGCUUUGAUUUUUAUUUUCUAAUAACUUUAAAACCGAUGGAGAUUUUGGAAAUUAAGGCUUGGUGACGGAACCAGGCUGGUAUGUAGCCAGGGCGUGAUUUUACAUAGCAACGACGCAUGCAUGCUUCGACGUAGUCUGGUUCUCUGACCAAAGAUUUCCAAAGACUCUUGAUAAAGUCUUGGGUCUGGUAUCACCCACGGAUAUAAAUAGA